AUGGUGAAGAAGACUAGGGGUCGCCAAAAGGUUGAUAUGGUGAAAAUGGAGAAUGACAGCCAUCUCCAAGUCACCUUCUCCAAGAGAAGGUCAGGCCUUUUCAAAAAGGCCAGCGAGCUCUGCACCUUGUGUGGUGCAGAGAUCGCAAUCAUUGUCUUCUCGCCGGGCAAGAAGGUCUUUUGCUUUGGCCACCCAGGCAUUGAGACAUUGUUGGACAGGUUCGAGGGCACAGUCCCGCGUCAGAUCUUGAAUUCCGAAACGCAAAAGCUUAUUGACGGGUACCGGACUGCAGGCCUGUGUGAGAUCACUGAUGAGCUCACACGGGUGCUAGAGGUCCUCGAGGAAGAAAGAAAAUGGGGGGAUGUGCUGACCCAGUCCAUGAAGACCAACAAAGAGGGGAAGUGGUGGCAGGGACCAGUGGAGGAGAUGGAAUUGGAUCAGCUGGAGGCUUUGAAGGCUUCUCUUCUGGAGUUGAAGUCCAAAGUGGCUGAUGAGGCUAAACUGAGACUUUCUGCUGCCGAAAGUGCAAACCUUGCACACAACCCUAAUUUUCUUGUGGGGAGCUCCUCUUCUAGUGCUGCUGCCCAAAAUGCAAGCCCUGUUCACAAUAAUUUUUUUGUGGGGAGCUCUUCUUCCUGUGCUGCUGCUGGGCCCUCUGGCCUCCAAGGUUUGGUUAAUCCUGAUAUUAACAAUGUUUUGUUUAAUUUUAAUGGAAAUGAUCAUGUGAUGCAGGCUCCUCAUCAGCCUAACAAUGUUGGGUUCAAUGGCAAUCCUAAUGCCAUGCCUCUCAGUGGAUGGAACCCUAACCUGGGAGGGGGCUUUCUCUGA